UCCAAAUCAGUUAGGACGUAAAUAACACGUCUUUUUCCUCUCUAACAAAAAAAAUUAACACGUCUUUACAAUUCAAAACUCUUAUUUAUUUAUUUUUUCUUUCUACGUUCUCUUUUCCUCUCAACACCCCAACCCUCUUUUCUUCACCUCUGUCCAAUUUCAGCAGAAACCCGGCAACAUUACAAAGCAAAAAGUAAUCUUUGUGCUUGAUCGCCGAUAUUUCCCAUCUGGGUUCUCAACAAAUUGACAAAAAGUAUUAUAAUCUGUGAGAUUUCGAUCGCAUAUUUGUCAAUCUGAGUUGCAAAUCAUUGGGUAUUCCGAGGAAAAGGCAUUGAGUUUGAUAUUCUGAUCUGGGUCCUUUUCUUUCGAUCAAUUGAUUGAAGAAAAGUGAGGGAAGAAGAUGAAGGAAAACCACCUUGGGUUUUUGGUUUGUUUUUGGUUUCUGCUAUUUGGUUCAUGUUUCGGCAGAUUUGUGGUGGAGAAGAACAGCUUGAAAGUGACUUCACCUGAUCACUUGAAAGAUGUUUAUGAAUGUGCAAUUGGAAACUUUGGGGUUCCUGAAUAUGGAGGAACCAUGGUUGGUACAGUGGUUUAUCCAAAAGCCAAUCAAAAGGCAUGCAAGGACUUCAAUGAUGUUGAUAUCACCUUCAAAUCGAAGCCCGGUGGCCUACCAGUCUUUCUUCUUGCCGAUCGAGGGGAUUGUUACUUCACCUUGAAGGCUUGGAAUGCACAGAAUGCUGGAGCAGCAGCUAUUCUCGUUGCAGAUGAUAGGAUUGAACCUUUGAUCACCAUGGACAUGCCAGAAGAAGAGGAUGCACAGGCUAAUUAUGUACAGAACAUAACCAUACCCUCAGCGCUUAUUAGCAAAACUUUCGGGGAUAAAAUCAAGAAAGCUGUAUCUAGCAAUGAGAUGGUUAACAUAAACCUUGAUUGGAGGGAGUCUCUUCCACAUCCUGACGAGAGGGUCGAGUAUGAGUUCUGGACGAAUAGCAAUGAUGAGUGUGGGCCUAAAUGUGACAGUCAGAUCGAGUUUGUCAAGAACUUUAAAGGAGCAGCUCAGAUACUUGAGCAGAAAGGGUAUACUCAGUUCAGUCCUCAUUAUAUAACUUGGUACUGUCCGGAAGCUUUUCUCUUGAGCAAGCAGUGCAAGUCUCAAUGCAUCAACCAUGGGAGGUACUGUGCUCCAGACCCUGAGCAGGACUUCAGUAGAGGGUAUGAGGGAAAAGAUGUUGUUAUUCAAAAUUUACGCCAAGCUUGCGUUUUUAAAGUGGCCAAUGAAAGCGGGAGACCAUGGCUUUGGUGGGACUACGUGACUGAUUUUGCUAUCCGUUGCCCAAUGAAAGAGAAAAAAUACAAUAAGGAGUGUGCAAAUCAAGUUAUCCAGUCACUUGGAAUUAAUAUCAAGGAGAUAGAUAAAUGCGUAGGAGAUACUGAUGCAGAUAUAGACAACUCAGUUCUUAAAACAGAACAGGAAGCACAGAUUGGUAAAGGUUCCCGUGGGGAUGUGACUAUAUUGCCUACUCUUGUCAUAAACAAUAGACAGUAUAGAGGCAAGCUGGACAGGGGUGCAGUUCUUAAAGCCAUCUGUUCAGGUUUUCAGGAGACCACUGAACCUGCCAUUUGCUUAACUGAAGGGAUAGAAACAAAUGAAUGUUUGGAAAACAAUGGUGGAUGCUGGCAGGAUAAGGCUGCUAAUAUUACUGCAUGCAGGGAUACUUUCCGUGGAAGAGUAUGUGAAUGCCCUACUGUGCGAGGUGUAAAGUUUGUUGGUGAUGGUUAUACCCAUUGUGAAGCUUCAGGAGCUUUACGAUGUGAGAUAAAUAAUGGAGGCUGUUGGAGGAAGACUCAGGAUGGCAAGACCUAUUCUGCUUGCAUUGAUGAGCAUUCGAAAGGUUGCAAGUGCCCGCCAGGAUUCAAGGGUGACGGAGUCAAGACUUGUGAAGAUAUUGAUGAAUGCAAAGAAAAGUUAGCUUGCAAAUGCCCAGACUGCAAAUGCAAGAAUACCUGGGGCAGUUACGAGUGCAGCUGCAGUGGCAAUCUAUUGUACAUGCGAGAACAUGACACAUGUAUAGGUAAAGAUGGCAGUACAAAGGUAAGCUGGAGCUUUGUUUGGAUUAUUAUUCUCGGUUUGGCUGCUGUCAGUGUUGGGGGUUAUGCAGUAUACAAGUACAGAAUACGGAGGUACAUGGAUUCAGAGAUUCGGGCUAUCAUGGCGCAGUACAUGCCAUUGGAUAAUCAAGGAGAUCCUAAUCACGCGUAAAAUCCAGACAUGAUGAGUUGAGCAUUGUUGCAUUGGCAUUUUAACUGUGUUUGUUUCAUGGGAGUCUUUGGCUCAUAUUUAUGUAUAGAAUAAUCCCAGGAAAUUUUCUUUAAUAAUUCUCUUUUUUUUGUUGGUCUUUC